AAAUUCACAUCUGGAUAUUGCUGUGAUGCAAUAUUUUCUUGAUAGACACUAUUCUGUUAAUUUAGGCUUGUAUUUGCCUGAUAGAGCUGCUCCAUCAACGCGCUUGUCUGUUAAUCUCUAAUCCUCGUGUUUCCGAGGACACUUGAAUCUAUCACAGCAACAUUUAACGGGAGGAGGCUGUCCUUGGACAGCAGCGUUAGCUUAAAGCUAGCUAGAUAACUCAAACGUUUCCCUUAAAGUUCAUGAGACGUUAAAGGUUCUGCCCCCCUGCCCAGCCCCUCAGGUAAGAGCUGAGGGUCGGGGUAAUGUCAUCCAAUCAGGGUGACCCGAGGGCUCUAUCUCAAGCAGCCUCAGAAAGAAACUCCCAACCCCCAGACCCGUUUGACAACCCCUGUGAAACUGCAGCGACAUGCAGCAGCCCUGAGGCACAGGUUUCGCCUGUGGCAGAAGAGGUGUCCCCAUCCUCCACAUCCUCUUUUGAGAUGCUUGACAUGGAAUCAGUUCCACCUCCUUACCAAGAAGUGCAGCCUCACUGGUUCUUCUGCCGACGAGCUGAAGACAGCACCUCUUGGCAUCCCUUCAGCAGAGAAGACUCUGACAAGCUAGAGAAUGCUUUUAUUACUGCAAAAGAUGAGGAGGAGGACGUUAGGGUUGCUGUGGAUGGGGAGCGUUAUGAUGUACACGUCAAGGAGAGGAAGCGCUAUGCCGUGUAUUGGGAGCAGGCUCCCACUGAGGUCCGCCGCUGCACCUGGUUCUUUAAAGGAGAUAAAGACACUCAAUACAUGCCUUACCCUGAGGACUUGAGCACAAGUCUGGAGGAAGCCUACAUGAUAGCAGUGACUUUGGAUGAAUGGAAACGGAAACUAGACUUUCCCACCGGAGAGACCGUCAUCUUACACAAUCCUAAGCUGAUGAUGCACUACAAGCCAAUACAAUUGCAGGAUGAGUGGGUUUCCUCCCCCUCAGAGCAGACACGACCUUGCACAGUCAAGAGGGGAGUAGAUAAGAUCUUUGUAGAAAUACCAGAUGGUGAACCAGAGAAAAUAGACCACCUUGUCUUUAUGGUGCAUGGCAUUGGACCUGCAUGUGACUUACGCUUCAGAUCUAUCAUACAGUGUGUGAAUGACUUCAGGAGUGCUUCAUUGUCCCUCCUGGCCACACAUUACAAGCGUGCUCAGCAGGACGGCCAGGUUGGCCGAGUGGAGUUCCUCCCCGUUAACUGGCACAGCGCUCUGCAUGGAGAUGCUACUGGUGUGGAUGAGGACAUCCAGAGGAUCACGCUACCCAGCAUCAGCAGGCUGAGACAUUUCACCAAUGACACCCUGCUGGACCUAUUUUUCUACAACAGCCCCACCUAUUGUCAGACCAUAGUGGACACAGUGGCUUCAGAGAUCAACAAGCUACACGCUCUCUUUAAGCAGCGACACCCAGAGUUUGAAGGGGACGUUUCUGUGACGGGACACAGCCUGGGUUCUUUAAUCUUGUUUGACUUGCUAACCAAUCAAAGGACUGGAUCCAGGGCAAGAGAGGGGGUAUUUUCUGGAGAACAUUCUAGUCCAAACAAUGACUCAUUGGAGCAGAUGCUGACCAGAAUGGGCCUUCAACAAUAUCUGAGUACUCUGCAGGCAGAAAAACUUGACCUGGAGUCACUGGCUCUCUGCCAGGACUGUGAUCUCCGAGACUUAGGAAUCCCACUUGGACCUCGUAAAAAGAUCCUUAACUACAUCAAACGGAGGUGGCUUCCUGAGGACUGUAAGCCACCAGCCGAAAAUCAGACGCAGGAAUCCGAAGUUCCUCCUGUGUCCACUAGUGAUGGAAACCAGUCUUCAGGGUUGAUGUCCCAGGAUCCCCAUUUCCACAGAGCACAGUCCAUCACCAGUGCUGUAGACUACGAAUACUUUGAUGUCGGCAUUGGACAGACCAGUGGAGGCAUAGCCAAGGGACAGGUUUCCAUUGAUUACCCACAGCUGGCGUUCCACCCUCAGACAUUUUUUGCCUUUGGCUCUCCCAUCGGAAUGUUCCUGACUGUUCGUGGACUUAAACGCAUUGAUCCAAAUUACUCCUUCCCAACGUGCAAGGGCUUUUACAACAUCUACCACCCUUACGAUCCUGUGGCCUAUCGGAUAGAACCCAUGAUUGUUUCUGAGGUGGAUCUGGAACCAAUGCUAAUACCUCACCACAAAGGCCGGAAGAGGAUGCAUCUAGAACUGAAAGACAGCUUGACCCGGAUGAGUAUGGAUUUAAAGAACAAUGUAUUGGGAUCCUUACGGACAGCCUGGCAAUCCUUCACUAGAUUGCCUGUUGCUGCACUGCCCCCACUGGAAGAAGCUGGUACUACAAAUGAGACGACCACAGAGGCACAGGCCUCAGUAUCAGACACUACUGCGGCUAAGAGGGAAGAUAAAAGUGAUGAAUUUUGGACUAAAAUACAAGAGUGGCCCAAGGCCCUUCAUAAACAUUACGUAAAAGGAGUGUACAUGGAGGCAGAGUCAUCAGCUGAACAGAUGGAGCAGCCCGAGAUUACAAUGGGGAUGCUGAAUGGAGGACGGAGAAUCGACUACGUGCUUCAGGAAAAACCCAUCGAGAGCUUCAAUGAGUAUUUAUUUGCCAUCCAGUCUCAUGUUUGUUACUGGGAAUCUGAGGACACAGCACUGCUGCUGCUGAAGGAGAUUUACGACAAGCUUGGAGUGGCUUUGGAGCAGCCACAGCAGUAAUCCAUCAGUAUUGUCGAUUUUUUUUUUAAAUUCACCUGAAAAUGAAGGACAUUUGACAGAGUGUCGGGACAAUCGUCUCCUGAAAGCCUUACUGAAUGUUGUCUGACUGCAACAGUCCCUCCUCUUUAAUGGAGGGGAAUGUUCUGUCACAGUCUUGGUCUGUUUACGUUAAUGUGAGGGACAGAUUUGCUUUUUGGCAGCUUCUAUAAACUGCCACAGUUUAAAUAAAAAUGAGAUAAAAUUUUAAUCCAGUCAAAUAAAUCUGUUAUACUUUUUGCUGCACUUUUUUUGAAGAACUGUUAUGCUAUAAUUUGCACUUCCACUGUGAGGUAGCUCAUAGUGGUACAAUAAACCCCCCCCCCCCCCCCCCCCCAGGAAGAAAAAACACAUUGUACUUACACAUAUCACACAAGCUGUCGAGCUUAAACAAAUUUUUGUCUUUGUACCUCAGAAGAAAGUUUUUCUGUAAAAUGACAGAAUUGUUUUUUUUUUUGACCAACUGAACUCAAAUGAUGUAUUAUGAGGUCUUACUUUUAUGUAGUCAUGGUUUUUAGACCUGAUUAUGAAAAACGAAGGUUGAUGUUUUGUCUGUUAGUAAGUUUCAUGGAAGCUUUUCUCUUCCUGCUUUGAAGGAACUUUAUAACCAAAGCUGGCACUCAGUAAUGUCUAACACUUCAGUCGUUUCAAAUGCAUCAUUUUCUGUUAUAUUCAUCCUGCCUCCUAAUAGUUUAAAGUGUGUCAUGUUGAUGAUAUUUAGCAUGUGAGACUGAAGUAAUGUUGAAGAAAUAUUUUACAAGUAAGGAAAUGCAGGCAGUUCAAUGGGCUUUUCAUUGUUUGUGUGUGUAAAUAUGGAAAGUAUGUCAUUUUGCAGUUUCUUCAAGUUAAUGCAUUCAUUACUUGCAUUUAAUGUGGAAAGUCCUACCUUUUUCAUCAGUCUUGGGCCAAAUCAUUCCUUUUUCUCAACUGCUUGUGUUGAUAAAUUGUUCUUACUGCCUGCACUGCAUGCACCUUUUUGUUUAGUCAGUUUCACAUUAUACUCUGGUCCUGGUCCUUCUCAUUCACAGGUCUCCCAAUUUUAAGGAUCCAGCAAUAAGAAAUA